AUGACUGGAACUACAACCGUAAUCCCCCAAAGAGAGCUCGUGGGAGAUGACAAAGUUGGCAUCCUUCCAAAAAGAGUCAAUUCCUUGGCACUUGCGCGUCAACUCGCCACCAGCCUUGAUUUACAGGUAAUUCAAAUGUUGCGAUUUCAGUCAGAGGAAACUUGAAGAACUGGAACUUCAGAGAAAGAAUGAGAAGUGAUGAAAAACAAUUAAGCGGAUCGAUUAAAAUGUUAAGAAGAAUGUUCCAGAAUUGUGAUGAUGCGUUUAUGGUAGCUGACCUCGACCACAUUGUCGACCGCUUCAACCUUUGGAAGAAGGAGCUCCCAAUGAUAGAGGUGAGAGAGGAAACGUUAGUUUUUUUCUGAACAGUCGGUAAUCAGCCGUUCUACGCCGUCAAAUGUAACACGGACCCUGUGCUGGUCCGCUGUCUGGCUGCCUUGGGCACAGGAUUCGAUUGUGCCAGCAGAGAAGAGAUAGACAUCGUGAGGAUUUUCGGUGCCUUGAAAUCGAAAAAGAAAGCUACUCAGGUGAUGAAGAUGGGCGUGUCAGCCGACAGGAUAAUCUACGCCAACCCGUGCAAGACGCGCAGCUUCAUCACGCACGCCAAAGAAAAAGAAGUGAGCUGGCUUGAAAAGGAAAUUCAUACAAAUUUUAGGUCCGAAUGAUGACGUUCGACAACGCCGAAGAGCUGUUGAAAAUCUCUAUGUUGCAUCCAACUGCGCAGUUAGUCCGAUGGAAAGUUUUUCGAUCCGAAAAUGAACUUCAGAAUGAUUCUGCGUAUAGCCGUGUCGGACCCAACGGCCACUUGUCCAUUGAACCUCAAAUUCGGGUGCGAUCCUGAGCUGGUGGCUCCGAAGCUGCUGAAAAGAGCAGCGGAACUGGGCGUAGACGUGAUCGGCGUCAGUUUCCACGUCGGAUCCGGGUGCAACGACGCCAACGCAUAUCGACUAGCGCUACAGCAUACAAAGAAUAUCUUUGAAAUAGGUCCGUUUUCGCUUGAAAUGCUUCGAAACAGCUGAGUUUUAGGAGAAGGACUGGGCUUCAACAUGAGGAUGGUUGACUUGGGAGGCGGUUUUCCAGGAGCCGAGCACCAUUUACCGUUUGAAAAGAUCGCCCAAGUCAUCCGAAACGCACUUGACGAGUUUUUCGAGGACUCUUCUGUGCGAAUUGUAGCUGAACCAGGAAGGUAGUGCUCGCCUCUAUAAACUCUUCGUCAAAGAAAUAUCAGGUACUUCGCGGCCGGAACCUUUUCUUUGGUUACUAACGUCCUUCACGCUACCCAAGUACCUGCUUUCAAAAUCACGAAAAACGGUUCGUCUUGAUUUCUCGAAAUCUUAACCAGCUCUUCAUUUCUUAGAGAAAGAUGAGAGAGUGGGGUACAUGUAUUACUUGAAUGACGGAGUCUACGGCUCGUUCAACUGCAUCCUUUUCGAUCACGUGCACCCGUCGGGAGAACCUCUUUUUGUAAGUUUUCUGAUCAGGUCCAAAAACGUUCCGACUGUUUCCAGUCAACCGGAGGAGCGAACUAUAUCACGACCAUCUGGGGACCGACUUGUGACAGCCUUGAUAUGAUUGAGGUUGAAAAAUUGUAGAGAUAGAUAAUUUUCAAUGCGAAGCUGCAGACGAAGAAGAUGAUGCCGAAAAUGGAGAUCGGCGACUGGAUCUACUACUCCAACAUGGGAGCCUACACGAGCGCCGCCGCCACAACUUUCAACGGAUUCGCCAAGCCAAACGUCGUCUACAUCAUGAGCGCAGAAAUGUGGUGAGUCAAGGAACUUGAAGCCACUUUAUUCUCAUUUCUUCUUGGGUUAAACGAGACUUUCUCUCGUUCAAUCCACAAAACUCAUGAAAAUCUUGCUUUUUCAAGGCAACUAGAAAUUCUCGCUUUUCAGGACGUCGAUCCGGUCUUCUCCGCAUGUUUGA